AUUGGUGCAACAAUUUUCGAAUGUGUCAAUCAGCGAGCAAAGCUCAUCCUUCUUCCUUUUCAGCUUCCAUUAUCAUUUGCGCUCAAGUUGUCCUGCGGAACGGAUUGUCCUUUCGGGUUUUCACGACGCGUCGGAAGUUUCGGAGCUCGCUUGGUGUGUCAGCAGGAUCCUCCUUCCCCCAUUUCUGUGGAAGUGCUGUUGGUAGUGCGUUAAUUACUGUGCCGAAGUGUGUAUAGCGGUCGGGGGGCGCGCGAGGGAAUCCGGAUGUUAUUUCUUGACGAAUUGAAGAGGAAAAAGUUGUGCGUUCUGUAGCCAGGAAUCAUCUUGUUUACCAGUCGAUUCCGGUUGUUCUGCUGGUGAUACCUCUUAAAAAGUGGCAAACCAAUAAUCAUUUGUGUCCGGCUUGCUCCAAGCGGAAGAAAAUCUUAAGGGUGCGGUACUCUGGAAGAGAGGAGCAACAGUGUGCUGUUGCCGCAGAAAGAGACGAAGAAGCAGUCAGAGUUUACAGGAUCACGUGAAAGAACGAAAGAAAAAGCUAACAACAAAAAUUGCAACCUGUCGUGUACCGCCAUUCGUGUGAUUUUAGUCAUUCCCAGUUUGACAAGUGUGAUUCAGUACCGAGUUAUUGUACGAAUUCAGCUGCUCUGCUCAUGAGUUGUCUCUGUGUCGUUUAAGAUAAGGGAAGCAGAAAGGUAAAUAAAACCUAGCUAGUGCUAGAGCUUGUUGUUUGAAGAAAAUUCUAAAGAAACCUUCGGGGUGACCGGGUUUUUUUCUGUCGUACCAAGUGCACAAGUUAAGUCCGCACCGAGAAAAGCCAGACCAGAAAAAAAGGCUUUCCUCUUCCGCUGAGUGCGUGUUUGGAAAGUAUCUUUGAAGAAUCGAACUUAACCCGACCCGGAGCAAAGUGGAACGUAAUUGUUUGGCGGUGGAAGAGAAGAAAAAAGCAACCGGAGAAAAGGAUCUGCUGAGAUCAAACCGCUGCUCGGUUAAGGUGUCUGUUUUUGCGAGGGUAAAAAAGGUGCCCCAAAGAUAACCGCCAACGGGACAGAAAGUUAGAGAGUGCAUUUUUUGUGCCGCUUCGGAGAAGAUAAAUCUAUACAGCCAGUGAAAAAAGGAAGAGUUUCGGGCUUGUAGCUUUGGGUAACUUGAUACCUCGUAGGUACCUAUACAGAAAGUGAUUCGAGUUGAGAUGGCGGAAGCCGCCGGUCCAAACAACAACACGGCCCAGGCCCAGGCUCCCGGAGGUGGUGCCGGGGGAGGUUCCGGGGCAGCAGGGGGCGGGGCCAACAACAAUGGCGUCGUUAACACGAACCCGAACGCCGAGGUCAUUCGUGGUCAGUUGUUCGAGGUUGGACCUCGUUACACCAAUCUGGCCUACAUCGGGGAAGGAGCCUACGGGAUGGUUGUCUCUGCAGAGGACACCGUGACGCGGACGAAAGUGGCCAUCAAGAAAAUCUCCCCCUUCGAGCACCAGACCUACUGUCAGCGGACGUUGCGGGAAAUCAAAAUUCUCACCAGAUUCCGACACGAAAAUAUCAUAGAUAUCAGAGAUAUCCUCCGGGUGCCUAGUAUAGAACAGAUGAAGGAUGUAUAUAUUGUGCAGUGCUUAAUGGAGACUGAUCUAUACAAAUUGCUGAAAACACAGCGACUAAGUAACGAUCAUAUCUGCUAUUUCUUGUACCAAAUUCUUCGUGGGCUCAAAUAUAUCCACUCGGCGAAUGUGCUGCACCGAGAUCUUAAGCCGAGCAACCUGCUGCUGAACACGACUUGUGACCUAAAGAUUUGUGAUUUUGGACUAGCCCGAGUGGCGGACCCGGAGCAUGACCAUACCGGAUUUCUCACGGAGUACGUCGCCACCAGAUGGUACCGGGCACCGGAAAUCAUGCUAAACUCCAAGGGCUACACAAAAUCCAUUGACAUCUGGUCCGUGGGGUGCAUCCUGGCGGAAAUGCUCAGCAACCGACCCAUCUUCCCGGGCAAACACUAUCUGGACCAGCUGAAUCACAUCCUGGGUGUGCUGGGAUCGCCCUCGCAGGAAGACCUGGAGUGCAUCAUCAACGAGAAGGCCCGCAGCUAUCUGCAGUCGCUGCCAUUCAAGCCGAAGGUUCCCUGGAACAGACUGUUCCCGAAUGCCGAUCCCAACGCGCUGGAUCUGCUCGGCAAAAUGCUGACGUUCAAUCCGCACAAGCGAAUCUCCGUCGAGGAAGCGCUGGCCCAUCCUUACCUGGAACAGUACUACGACCCUGCCGAUGAGCCCGUCGCCGAGGAACCAUUCCGCAUCGCCAUGGAGCUGGACGACUUGCCAAAGGAGACACUGAAGCGAUUAAUCUUCGAGGAGACGCUUCGAUUCAACCACAACGAUACCCUGCCAGAUAGCAUGUAAUUUCCUGGCGGUGGUGGCGGUCGACGGCAGAACCGUUUUUCCCAACAACUACAACUACAACAACACCUUCAUCCGGCACCUGCCGAAAAACUACCCUUUUUGCCCCGCUGAUAGCCUCCUUACCUUGAGAACGAACGUUGAAGGAGAACGAAACGUUGCCUGACGUGGUGCAGCAGCAGCAGCAGCAGUUCAUUCACGGAAGACCAAAUUGAGACGAAGAAAACGGAACUAGCAAGCAUAACUACCGUUGAUAGUAUCUUCAAGCUGCACACACAGAACAGCUCACAACGGCGAGUUCAAUUUUUCUGUAGAAAUUUAUCAUUUUUACUUUACUUUGCUGCAAUAUUUCCAUCUGCUGAGACAUGUACGUGUUAGAUUGUGUGGGUUCGUGUGUGUGAUUCAGUGUGUUCGUACGAGCACCACUCGGUUGUGUUGUGUCUAUUAGCAUGAAGGCGGAGUUCCGGUUCCGGUCUACAUGUUCCCUCUUAUAUCCACUAUGACUAUUAUUGUGCCCUAGAAUUGAUGCAUUUGGAAACUGGUUCACAGCCAGUUGUGAAGGCAGGCAGGCAGGAGUCCCGGAAAGUAUCUAGACCGUAGUACGUUCACCGGUGCUAUCCUUGGGAGCAUUUCAGGAGAAUCAGGUUGCUGCCACAAGACAACAGAUGAAAAUAAGAAAACGCAAAUGACUGAAUGUAGGAAAUCAUUGGUAGCAGGCCAUGAAGCAUCACAAGAUUUUUUUUCCCUGUUUGAUUUAUCACCACCGCAGCACAUCAUCUCUCCCAUUGAACCCAUCGAACAGGCAAUCAAUUGCUGUUGUUUUGCCUUGCAUAUACAUACACAUAAAUGGAAAUCAAUCAACGUAAACGGUAAGCGUAAAAUAGUUCUAGCAGAUAAUGUGUAUGAUCAAAUGAGGAUAAUUAUUUUAGAAGAAAAAAUCAACAAUGAGUAAUGCAAAAGUAAGAAGAAAAACUACACAACAGUAUAAACGAAUCGUCAAAAACAAACACUAGGUUACUGCGAUUGCUCUGCAAACAAUAACAUCAACAACAAUGUUUUGUUAACGAUUUGUUUCGCAUGCUUUGGAUAAUCACUUCCUAGUAUUGUAUAAAUUUUUAUCCCUAGGCUGAUUUUCUCCCGCGCCCGCAUUGCGGUUUAGUAAAUUGAAACCCUAGUUAUUACCGCAUAUCAUGGAAGCGAGUUACAUUUUAAAUCUAUAAGCAAAAGUAAAAGUAUUGUUUUUUAAGUUUUACUAUCCCAAGCAUGUUCGCGGAACCGAGUAAUUAUUUUACACAAGAUCAAAUCAAAACUGUGUAGUAGGGCAAGUGAGCUCCAUACAUAAAUAACAUAAUUCUAGCCAAUCAAUCAACUUUGCAGUGUCUUUUUUUUGUUGAACUGACCAUGAUGGUAGCUUUUUUUUUGUAAGAUAGGAACUAGCAAAUCAUCAGUUUUUAUAGUCGAUUUUUUUCAUCCGAGUGAAAUUGUGAAUGUUUGUUUCGAGACAUAAAAAAAACAUUGUAAUCAGGCGCAAUUUGAAAAAGUCACUGAAUAAAAAACUGAAAAAGGUAACGAAAAAACCAACGAGUGGUAGUUGUUCUUCGCCGCGGCUGAGAGAGGUAAUUGGAACGCAAUAGUCUGAUUAGAGAAUGUCAAAAUCUUCGAAAAAGGAAAGUUUAUUCCACGUUUUUGUGUUAAUAUUCUAAAACAUGUAAAAAAACACCUAUAAUUUCAAAUUCAAAGAAAAGAAAUGAAAUCGGACAACAUUGAUGGGGUUCCUUGAUGUGGUUAAAUUGUGUGUGUGUGUGAACACAAAACAAUUGUUCCGAACGCUUCUAUGAUUUUUGUACAUUGUCCGAACUUAUCCGAUAGCAAUAUUUUUGAAAUACCGUUCCUAACAGAAGGCGUUCGUUUUCGGUGAACACAUAAUCUUGCAUCAUCGUAGAGUGUUCACUUGUACGUGUUGAUGUUGUUUUCUUGGUUAAAACUGUUUUUUUGUUUCAAAAUCGAAUGAAAUGUGAAAUUUUGACGCCUCUUUUCAACAGGCAGCUAUUAGGAUUUGGUGUGCAACACAAGCUGCAUCCCGGAUGGCACAAUUUUCGAUGGACGACACGAGGAUUUUUUUUUAAUAUUCUUAGUUGAAUUCAAAUUUAAUUUCAACCUAAUCCAAACUAGAUUCUGAGUCAAUAUCAAUUUCUAAGCUAAAUUGAAAAAAAUCUGAAUUUAUUUUUCGAUUUUGGGGUAUGUAUUGUCAAAUUUAAGGCUUGUAAGGAGUGUAUUCGAGAAAAAUACUUUGUUUCGUGAAAAACUUUUGAAUGCAUGGAUGGAAUUUGAUGAAAUUUUCAGUGAAGGUACCUAGUAAUGUAAUGUGUACGUGAACAAAAUUUGGUGACAAUCUGUCAAGUAGUUUUUGAGAUAGCGUCCAAUAUUGAAGUUCAUUGACAAAAUUUUUUGGGCAGGAUCGAGAAAAAUCUAGGAAAGUCCCAGUGGGAGACCCAAAAACAGCUGGAAAUCAAGAAAUUCGACCAAAGUUUACAUGGAAGAUUGUUGAUUCCAUGAAGUAAGAGGAAUGUGAGAGGUUUUUUCAAGCUCAAUCCGAAAAUAUCAAUGAGGAAGUGACAAUUAAGUCAUUUUAUUGACUGGUUCGUCAAACAAACAAAAUACGGUGGUAAAUUCGUUCGCAAAAUAUUUGGACUGCUUGUGGAGAGAUAUUCUUUAAAAUUUCGUAAUGGACAGCAAAACGAACUCUUUAGCGGUCAUUUGGCAGGUGUCCAACUUUUCGUUGACAAGUCUCGCCUGUAUUUCCCGGAGAUAAACAAGGAGAAAAAACUGAAAAAAUUAUGUCUAGAGCUUGAGGAGGCUUAUGAUCUGCGGAAACUGCAAAUUACUCAUUCUUUCAUAACGAUUGACAGGAUGAAUGGCUAAAAAUACAAAGAAGACUAUCUCCAAAUGCGACCGUUUUCUCUGCAAAGCUCUUCGAUGGGUCCCACAAAGUUUUUACUCUGUUUAAGUUGGAUCUGGAAUCGUGCCAUUACGCAAAAACGGUGGUUGAGUGAUAAAAAGUCAAAUAUGUUGUUUUUGUGCCGAAGGAGGACAAUCGGCUAAAUUUGUUAUAACUUCGACCAAAUUCAAAUGUUGGAGUUAUUUUGAAGGUCAAGCUUCAGGAAACAGUAAACGUAAUCAAAAAUUGCCCUGAUAGCAUAUCAUAGCAUAGUAUGGGGUGAAUACCCUCAUCUGGCAUUGGCUGAUACAAGAGGUACAACUGAUAAUCAUAACCAUCACAUGAUGCCAAAAUAAGUACCUGGAUUCAGUUCUCAUUCCAAGUGUUACUUUUGAAAAUCAGUGUGGUACCAUAUUGCACACCGCGACAAGUUAAUGUAAUCAUCGUAGGGAAGAUCUGAAACAGCAAAACAAACUCUUCAGGUGCAGAGAACUCAUACGACCCAGAAAGCUGUUUCAGAAGGGGUCUGGAAGGGUACAAUAUAGGAAAUCCCACUUGGCGAAUAGGAUUGAAAAGUUUCAACAUAAAACAAUCUCACCAAAAUCCACUGUCAGCCGGUAGUAACUUCAAUUUCAAUUUUCAAUUCCUUUUCAUCUUCACUAUUAGGCACAAAUUAAACUGAUCAAUUUAUGUUUCAAGAUUCUUGAAAAAUUUACAGCCGAAAAAAACAACCGUCAUCGACAGCCACAGCCUACCAAGUUUCCAACGUAAUCAAAAAUUGCCUUGAUUUGAAAAAAGGUGGUUUAUACAUUAUAGAUGACGCACGUAUUGCUCAAAAAUUAAAGUCGAAAAAUUUCUUCAUUGGAAGCUAUCUCAGAAACCACUUGACAGAACAUCACAAAAAUUUGCAUAUGUAAACAUUACAUUACCAGGUAAGUUCGCAUAAAAUGUCAUCAGUGGGGUGUGGUGAAAAGGGCAGACGUUGAACAGCUAGAAUCCAGAGGCUCGGAAUUGCCGACAGACGGAACAGUCGAAGAACAGUGGUGUGGAAUCAAGAAUGCCUUUAUCACGACGAGACAUGGUACUCACGGUAAAGUUAGUGGAAGACGAAGUGAAUGGAUGUCGGAUGAAACAUGGAGGAUGAUCGAUGAUCGGAGAACGGCGAAAGUCGGAAUUGAGCAGGCAUGUACCGGGUCAGCCAAAGCAGUCGCCCGCUCCCUAUAUGCGGAGCUGGAAAAGGCAGUUAAACGAGCUUGUAGACGAGACAAGAGAGCCUGGACAAACUCCCCAGCCGAAGAGGGAGAAAGAGCCGCCGCCAAUGGAGAUAUCCGACUACUUUAUGACAUUUCUCGCCGCCUUUGUGGUGCAAGGACUAAUGCUAGAAUGCCGCUAAAAGACCGAGCAGGUCAGUUGUUGACCGAUCGAACAGAUCAGCUCAAACGAUGAACUGAGCACUUCGAAGAACUCUUCCGAGUCACGAAUAGCGAUGGCCAACAGAACCCGCAGCUCGAAGCGCCAACAGUAUGUAAGUCGCAUAAAUGACGUCAACUCGGAAGCGCCCUCGCUGGCUAAAAUAGAAGCGGCCACAGGGAUGUAUCUUAUCACCGCUACUUUUUCUAAACUUAAUGGAUGAGAUUCUGACACCGAACCGAGGAUUGCCGUGGAAUCCUUCAACAAUUGAGCAACUGACCGACCUUGACCUGGCUGACGAUAUUGUUUUGCUCGCUCAAACACAACCGGAUAUGCAGAGCAAACUCUCCACCUCACCGAAAGCUCCAAGACAGCAGGUCUCAAAGUCAAUGUCGGAAAGACCAAGUCGAUGGAGAUCAACACAGCAAAUUCCUCCAGUUUCAUGGUAGCUGGGCAACAGGUUGAGAAAGUGGAGUGUUUCCAAUAUCUUGGUAGCCAGAUAACGCCUGAUGGUGGAACCGAGAAAGACAUCGAAAUCCGGAUCAGAAAAGCUCGAUUUGCAUUUGUGAGUCUCCGGAACAUCUGGCGCUCACGUGAGAUAUCUCUACGAACGAAAAUUCGAAUCUUUAACUCUAACGUCAAAUCCGUAUUGUUGUACGGGUGCGAAACUUGGUGCACAUAUGCGGUAACGACGCGAAAACUGCACGUAUUUGUAAAUCGCUGUCUGUGGAAUAUCAUCCGCGCUUGGUUGCCUGGAAACUGGAUCGCAAAUGAGGAACUAUAUCGCCGGUGUCAUCAUGGGCGCUAGAAAUCGAGAUUCCGGAACGUAAGUGGAGACGGAUUAAGCAUGAGGAGAGAAACGUUUCCUAUAAAUACUGCAAUUCGUCCUACGAGAUAUGAAUUCAACCAUUUAUUCUGUGGAUUAGGAAGACUGGAUCGGAGUCAGUUCAUGUGAUACAUCAUUCAGAAGUGUCUCUUUGGUCAGUUCGGCGAGACAAGUUAUAGGCAUCCAUGAAUUUUGGAUAUUUUUACCGAAAAGGUUAUAGUUCUGUAAAACAUAAGGUUUGGUAAUGUUUACCAAAAUACCAGCAAAAAAGCAAUGUUAACUUUGAAUGUUUUUUGGAAAACCAAAAAAAAGAAUUUGUGAUGAGCUCGAAUCACUUAAUUCGUAAUUUUCAAGCUAAUUCCAAUUUUGUUCCAUUCAUAGGCUCAGUGUUGUUCUAGAUAUUUCAUUGAAUUGAAUAAAACGGUUAUCGUUCCCCGUAUGACCCCAAUAUACUUGACCAGACAGAAUACAUUUUCCAUUUAACGAUUUUCAUGGUAGCACAGCGGGCUCCUCUGCAAUUUGGCCGGGAGCCAACUGUUGGUCGAUUCUCGAAGCCAUUUUCUCGUUCUGAAGGUUGCCUUUGAGAAAUAAAUCAGCUAAAAUGCUGUUCAUGCCCCCUUACAACAUACAUAUGUACUUGAGCAUGGAACAACCCUCGACAAAAAGGGAAAUCAGCAACGAUUGAUCACUAUUAAGUGGAGAUAGAUUUUUUUUUGUAUCAUAAUUUGCAGCUUUAUUUUAACUUUAUUUCUUACUUAAGUAAAGUCCCCAAGUGAUACGUUCAUCCGAAAUUUGAGCCACUUUCGUCAGCCAGCACUACCAAUUUCAUCAAUCAUAUAAACUCCGUUGUACAUUUAAAAGAAUAUUAAACAAAACAAAUUCAAAUAUAGCUGUUGUGAAAAUCAAUCUAUCUGGGAUGUGUAUUAAGAUCUUUCUUGCUUUCUCAGAGUAAGGAUUUCUUCUAAAUUUCUCGGUUUUUUUUUCAAAAUAUUUACAAUCAAAUUCAACCAUCACCAAUUGAAGAUACGCACAUAAAUUUUGAACAGCGAGCUUUCCAAAAUUAUGGAAUGAACAAAAUGAAAAAUCUGAAUCAAGAGUUUGUUUCCAACAAAGUGGAGCAAACUUGAAUUGUUUAGCAAUCAGGCUCAUUUUUCAUCUCCAAAAUAAAAUUAAAAAAUCCCGAAUCAUUCCUUAAAAAAAACAAA